AUGGCCGCUAAUGGUUCACCUCUGUUAAAGACCACCAGUGUGCCCUCAACAAUACAGGAAUCGCACCGCCCUAGUCUGGAUCUCUGUUCAACUAUAUCCUCCACCAAUUCUAACAGCAGCGGCAGUCGCAUUCACACACCCUCGUCCUCGGUUCCCAACACACCGUUGCUUCCGACGCGUCUCUCAUCUCCAGAAAGGCACCCGUUGCGCAUUGCUGGGCCUAGUAACUUCCUCACCGCUCUCGCUGCGCAGGAAAGAAAAGUCUUAGAGCUUAAAGAGGAUCUCGUGAAGGCUGAAUUAGAACUCGAUGAAUUGAAAAUUCAAUGGGCUGCACACGAAGCAGGCACAAAGAAGAACGAGCUACAGGAAUUGGGACAGUUGCAGCGAAUGAAAUCUUCGCUUCAACGUACUUCGGCUACACAAGAACCUUCAUUUCGAGGGCAUCGAGAUACAGAUCGACGAAGGGCAGGCUCGCAGCGCAAAGUGUUCGCUGGAUCUCGGCACGCCCGUACGCUAUCCCUCCUGUCUCCACAAAGCUCGUCAAUAGUGCCGUUGCCGCUGGCUGCAGUGGGUCCUGUCAAACCCCAGACAGAGCAUACAAAGAAAGAGGGGAAGUCCACUCAUACACUACGAAGACCGUUGAGCGUCUAUGGCACCCCCACUGAGAUAUACAAAUCUACGGACAAGGACGCAAUCUUAGAAACAGGGUUACAGCUCGUUGGAGAUUUUCGGCAAGGGUUGAAGACUUUCUUCGAAGAUCUAAAGCAAGUCACUUUCGAUGAUGUUUCAAAUAUGUCGGACAGGAGAGCACCAAAUGUGCCAUCCAAAUCCGGCACUCGGAAAUCCCAGACUGAGAUUCUCAGCGUCUCGAAAGUGGGUGAAGAGGGCAGAUCAAAGCUGCAGACUAAAACGCAUGAACCAAGCGCAGCUUCAAUCAGCGACGUACAGAAAACCACUGCUUUGCCUGCCCAACCACGUACGCCUCUCAAAAAUAAUACUGCAGUCGUUGCGCAAAGCUCCCCUAGUGUGACCUCAGGUGAUUCCGACGAUGGGUGGGAUAAUUGGAAUACUCCUGAGACCAGGCUCGACACUUCCAACCUUCAGCUCAAGGAAAGCGUAAUUCCGCCAUUGACAGGAGGUAGCACGCCGCGUUCGAGUAUCAGGUAA